UUGAUUUUGACUCAAAUAGUUUAAAAUUUUCGCCUAUCUGGUGCUACAUUAUAGUAAUAAGUGUCUGUUUAACAAUAACGAUAGUUAUGGUAUUUGUAUUUAUCACACUAAACGAUUUUCUGGGAAACCAUCAACGCGAUAAAAUAGUAUCUUUUGUUGUGAAUAAUGCAAUAAUUGUUGUAGAUAUGCUUCUAAUAUACUCAGCAGUCAUUUCAACCUUACGCAGAUCUACUUGGAAAAAAUUCAUAAAGAAAAUGGACCUUUUACAUAAAUAUUAUCAAUUUCAAGACGAUAAUCUCAUAAAAACUCUAGCUGAUGUAAUAGGAUUUUUUGUAAUACAUGGAAUAUUACUUUAUAUUACGUAUCUAUUCUACGAAUUUCAAGAGAGAGCCGUUAGUACUUUUUCUGCUGUAGUUUUAGCGUUUCCCACUGUGCAAUUAACUUAUCAGUACCUUCAAAUGACUACAAUACUGGUUAUUAUACAGGAAAUCAAAAGAAACCUUGAAAAAGUUUCAAAACAUGUAGAAUUUAAGGGAAUGAAUCUAAAAAAAGCUAAAAUGUGCUACUUGAAUACACAGGAAAAUGUUAACUGUUUCAAUAAAAUUUUUGGAUAUCAGAUUUUUCUUAGUUUCGCUUAUUGGAUUUUGGCUUUUGAAUCAAUUUGUCUCUAUCUAUUUGAGAACUAUAAACAUCGUUAUAAAACCACCAUAGACUUUGAAUUGAUUUUCUUUUUUGUAGUGUUUAUGAGCUUAAUUUCAGCAAGUCUGUUGGCUGUAGUAUUUUCCUGUGAUGGUAUAUCUGCUGAAUGCAGGAAGUUAAUAGACUAUAUCUCCGAUGUACAAGAAAUGCUUCAUAGGAAAUCGCUGGAAUAUAUGGAGCUGGAGUCACUGAUUUUCUAUAUUCAAAACAAUCAACUGUCGUUUACUGCAGCUGGUUUCUUUGAAAUUAAGAGUUCGUCUGUGUUGGCUUUAAUUGCUACGUCUACAACACAUUUCAUAGCUCUAUCGCAAUUUUAUUAGUUGAACACAUAUACAGGAUAAGUCAAAAGUGCGUCGAGCACUUGUAGCUCCUACAAUAAAAAAAACCUAGGAAUUUUGUAUAAGUGCAAACCUAAAGUAUAUAUUAGGAUGUACUUCAGGAAUAUAUUUUAACUUCUAAAGGGUG